GUUUUAUUGGUGGUUGAUAAAUCCUUUGCUUUAUGGAUCAGUUAUAAGUCAUUGAUGAAAACAACAUUUAGGCUGCAGGGUUGUGGUUUAUCUUUCUUAUUUUCUAAUGCAGUUUUGAUCCAUUACCGGACCAUCAUGUCUGUGUUAUAAAUCUUUGAUCAUCAAAGAAUAAAUUGUUUUUACAGUAACUGUCAAUUCAGCAGCACUUUUCCAGAAGGUAAGUGCUCAAAUAUUGGAGGAGUUUUUCCAGAUUAACUAAAAUGACAAAGCAAAUUUUGCACAACAUGGCAACCUGAAAGGUAUUUUUUUAUUAUUAUUAUGAACUCAUAACUAAUCUGCAAAGCAUGAUAAACUAUUGAUAAAGCCAUUAAUUACAAGCACUCCUGAAGGAUGCCUUAUAGUAACACUUGAAACUCGGUGUUGACAGCCUGCACGAGCCAUAAUUUAGGAAAAUGAAAGGCUAGAUUGCAAACUAGAUUUUAAAAAUGCAGUAAAGCACAGUUGGUUAAUACAAUAUAAACGGUUUAAAGCAUAAAGGUAUAAUCAUAGUAGCUAUUAAACAUGAUGAUGUCACUGCAAAGUCACUAUUUGUUACCACACAUGUCGGUCGUAUCAAAGUGAUACAUCAUCAUAAAACAUAAAAAAGUCACUACAAACCACAAUAGAUGAAAUGUAAACUCCUGCAUGACUACAGUGGUGUUUCAGUGAUUUUUCAUGGCCGAGAGCUCGAGGCUAUUAUUAGAAAGUUACGUCACUGCACAGUGUAGGGCGCAUCUCUCCGUCAGUACAGCAGAACAUCCUAAUCACCGCCGUUAACGGAGGACUAACUGGUCCCUCCUUCUCCACCACAUGGACCGGAACCACGCAGAACCACGUGACCCAGGAGCCCUGGACUGACCGAGCAUCUCACACCGCAUCAUGGCUGCGGAGGAUGCGGCCGCGCGGUCCCGAACCGGGGCUCCGCUGUCUCCGUCCCGCCUGCUGCUGCUCUUCCUCUUCGCCUGCACCCUGCUCCCCGCCCCGGCGCUCGGCUUGCUCGGCUUUCGGCCGGAGGAGACCGGGGCGGAGCUGUCCGUGGAGGACGGGGUGCUGAAAGCUACCGAGGGGACCCGCUUCAUACUGCGGGUUUAUUACUCCACCUCCCCGCAGAGGCUUAACCGCACCGCGGCGACUCGCGCCAACAACGCCGCGCCCUGGAUCGCUUUCAUCGAGGAGCCAACUCCCGGGCGAGAGGGACAAGUUCACCCGAAGCGGAACAUGUGCAUGGACAAGAACGCCAGGACGUCCGACAUCGAGGUUUUGGGCUCUUUCAAGUCAGCUUCCAGUCAGAACUCGGUGCUGGUGGAGCUGCUGGCCAAGGACCUGCGGAGAGGGGAGAAGAUCAAAUACUACUCCAUGUGCGCUUUUGACGGAUCCAAAUGGGAACACUACCGGACGCGGGAUUUCUGGGUGGCCGUGGUAGAGCGCUCGGCUGUCCCGGAGCUGUGGCUGCAGGUGUUGGUGUCCGUCCUGCUGCUCGGGCUGUCAGCUCUGUUCAGCGGGCUGAACUUGAGCCUGCUGGCGCUGGACCCGGUGGAGCUGCAGGUCCUCCAGAACAGCGGCACCGACAAGGAGCAGAACUACGCGCGGAAAAUCGAGUCGGUGCGUCGGCACGGUAACUACGUCCUCUGCACUUUACUGCUCGGGAACGCGAUCAUCAACGCCUCGCUCGCCGUGUGGAUGUGCCAGAUCCUGGGCAUGACCUGGCUCUCCACGGUCAUCUGCGCCUUUGGCAUCUUCUUCAUCGGGGAGAUCCUUCCGCACUCGGUGGCGUCGCGCCACGGUCUGGCCAUCGCCUCCAAAACCAUCUGGGUGACACGGCUGCUGAUGGUGCUCUCCUUCCCCAUCUCCUACCCCAUCAGCAAACUGCUGGACCUCAUCCUCAACCAGGAGAUCUCUAACUUUUACACCAGAGAGAAACUUCUGGAGAUGCUGCGCGUCACUGACCCGUACCACGACCUGGUCAAAGAGGAGCUCAACAUCAUCCAGGGAGCUCUGGAGCUGCGCACCAAAACCGUGGAAGACGUCCUGACCCCUCUGAGCGACUGCUUCAUGCUGGCCUCGGACGUGGUCCUGGACUUCAACACCAUGUCGGAGAUCAUGCAGAGCGGAUACACGCGGAUACCUGUGUUUGAGAACGAGCGGUCCAAUAUCGUGGACAUCCUCUUUGUCAAGGACCUGGCCUUCGUGGACCCGGACGACUGCACCCCGCUGAAGACCAUCACCCAGUUCUACAAACACCCGCUGCACUGCGUCUUCAACGACACUAAACUGGACGCCAUGCUGGAAGAAUUUAAGAAAGGAAAGUCCCACCUGGCCAUCGUGCAGCGGGUGAACAACGAGGGUGAGGGCGACCCUUUCUACGAGGUGAUGGGCAUCGUCACCCUGGAGGACGUCAUCGAGGAGAUCAUCAAGUCGGAGAUCCUGGAUGAGACCGACCUCUACACUGAUAAUCGUACGAAGCGUCGUGUUUCCCACCAUGAGCGGAAGCAGCAGGACUUCUCCAUCUUCAAGCUGUCAGAGAACGAGAUGAAAGUAAAGAUUUCUCCUCAGCUUCUCCUGGCAACGCACCGCUUCCUCUCCACAGAGGUGGAGCCCUUUAAACCAGCUCACAUCUCAGAGAAGAUCUUGUUGAGGCUGAUCAAACAUCCCAGCGUUGUUCAAGAACUCAAGUUUGAUGAGAAGCACAAGCGAGCGCCGCAACACUUUCUGUUCCAGCGCAACAAACCGGUGGAGUAUUUCAUCCUGGUGCUGCAGGGGCGAGUCGAGGUGGAGUUCGGUAAGGAGGCGCUGAAGUUUGAGAAUGGAGCUUUUUCAUACUUUGGGGUACCUGCCAUCAUGCCAACAGUCCACAGAUCCCCGUCUCGCAGCAGUGGUUUGGACCGCUCUGAGUCGAUGCUGUACGGGGGAAGCAUGAGCCAACUGAACGGAGGGGGGAACGUCUACCUGCCUGACUACUCCGUCAGACAGCUCACACAUGUGCAGAUCAUCAAGAUCACCCGGAGUCACUACCAGAACGCUUUGACAGCCACCCGGAUGGACAGCUCUCCUCAGACGCCCGACGCCGACGCUCGUCUGACAGAGGCCAACACCCCGACCCCGGAGCCUCCGGCCCCGGAGCACGGUGCCACACUCAUGCCCCCGGAGCAAACCACAACCACUACCCUCAUGCCUCCGCCCAGAGAGCCCGGUCGGCCCAGUUCAGCCCGAACACGAGGACAGCAGUCCAGCGUCCCGCACAGCACGUCGCUGCUGAACGAGAAGAACCGCAUCGUCCGCAGUAAAUCUGACGGCCAGAAGAGUCCCAGUGAUUCAGUGUUUCUCAGGAUGGAUGAGAUCCCGUACAUCAGAGAGGACAGAUGUGAGACUGACGCACACACGGACAUGGCCGCUGUUCCCAUAGAAACGGACACGUCUCCUUUCAUCAGCAGCCUGUCGCUGAGCGGCUCAGAGGACACACUGGGCAAGAAACUCCUGCUCAAAUUCAGCCACAAGAAGAGGAAAAAAUCCCGCGAAGGAGAGAAAACACCGGAGGACAUUUCAGAACAGCCGCUGGUGAAAACCUAGCAGAGCGUGUGUGAUAAAGACUUGAACGCUCCAUCAGCUGAUGGUUCAUCGAAGAUGUUUGUAAAGACGAUGUGGUUGACGCACAGCUAUCAGAGUUUUAUCUGAGUACAGCACACUCCACACACCCCACUGUAGGAGAUUAUAAAGUGGACCCAUCACUAAGGAUGUGCUGAAAAUGUGGAUGGAAGACACCAUUUUAUCAAAGAACACGGGGGGGGGGGUGCAGCUUUGGCAAUAUGCAUUACUGUAAACUGUAGCUUCUUCAUCAGGUUUUUCAUGCUGAUGCUCACAUAUAAAGGAAGGACUGUGAAUGUAAAAAAAAAAUUUGUAGAAAAAAAAUCAGAGUUUUUAUACACUGUAUACCCUCCUCACAUGUGAUCACUUCUCCAGCCGAGCUAAAGGGAACAAACGUAGACAGCAAACGGAUGGAAGACACCAAAGAUGAUGUUGUUUUGUAUUUACUGCUCCAAAAUGCACAGGAGAAAUCUCAACAGAAGUAAAGUGGUUGCUUUGUGUUUGGG